AGCACACAGACGGUUGUUUAUGUUAAACAUGGUUAAGUUAUAUCUUUUCGUUUGUUCAGUAUUAUCCUGUGUCAUAAAUUUGGACGCAUAUUCGGCAACCUUCAUAAAGCCAUGCAAAUGGGACGACAAGGCGUGUUUGAUCUCCAGCACUCAAGCCGUCAUCCCCAUAAUAUCUAAGGGUAUACCAGAACUGAACAUCCAAUCAUGGGACCCACUGUAUAUCAAGACUGGCAAGUUCGAGAGUGGUAACCUAGUGGUCAAAUACUACGAUCUCAGUGUUACUGGAGUUAAGGAUAUCAAGGUGCUGAAUGUAGAACGUGACAUAAAAGCAAACACGAUCAAGGUGGAGGCCGAAAUGCCAAUGACAGCCAUUGGCCAGUACCAACUUGACGGCAACAUUCUAAUUUUGAAAUUGCACGGGAAGGGACGGUGUGAUAUUAGAACAAAUAAAGUCCAAUUUACUGUGACAUACAAGAUCAAACACGAGAACGGUGACGACGGUCAAAAGCACUGGAAGAUCUCGUCCUUCGACUAUACUUACGACGUGGUAGAAAAAGUUAAGUUCGACUUGGAGAAUCUGCUGGGCGGAGAUGAGACUAAUAGUAACCUGAUCCAGCAAGUGUUAGACAACAACUGGAAGGACAUAAUAGAGGAAAUCGGUGACCCUAUCAUCAGAGAGAUCAUCACACCACUCGUCGUACAAGUCAACAAACUGCUCCACUCCAUCCCUGAGAAGAAUCUGGAAAUUGUUUAGAAAGAAGGAAACCCCAGCCAUAUGUUGUCGAUUUCAUAAACUUUUUUCUACCCCCAAUUAGAGCACAGGCUUCUAUUAAUGUGCCCUAAUUUUCGUAAUUUGUGCCCUUGUAGUUUUUUUGAAAAACUGGAACAACGAUGUUAAUCGUUGAAAUCGUUCCUUUUCUGUCAUUGACAAAAUGAACAGGAGCGAAAGAGACGACAAGAUGUAUAAAGGAUAAUUUAAGACAUGAG